AACGAUAUUCGCAUUGAAAACCCUCGGCCGAUCGCUGCAUUCCCAAAACUGCAUAUAGAUCGAUAGUGAUGAAUCAUGGACCAUGGAUUUGACCUCGAGAAUCGUAGCAUUUCAGAGCUUCGCAACAUCUCAAAACGCUACUGUAUGUGCGUUAUUACGAAUUAGUCAAUACCAUAUAGUGAAAAUAUUGUUUCCAGAGGUAAGUUAUCAGAGGAAUAUAUAAGAAGACGAAAACAACAACCUACUCCCAAGAACCUCCAAUGUCCAAGCCCUGGAUCCUCGUAUCCCCAGCCAGCCGCGGAAUCGGGCACGCCCUGACACGACACCUCCUGCGCACAACCACAGCCCCGAUCCUCGCAACAGCGCGGACUGACCUGCCCGGCGUGCGGUCCUCCAUCCUUAACUCCCUCUCCACAACCUCUUCCGAAGAGAAAGACGCGGUAUCCAAACGUCUGCACCUAACCCACCUCGACGUGACCUCCGAACCCAGCCUGGCCUCCGCCUCCGCGGAAGCACGCCGACUUUUUCCCGCGGAGACGCACCACCUGCGCCUCGCGUUCGCGCUGCCGGGCGUGCUGCGCCCGGAGAAGAGCCCCGCGGACGUGGACUACGACGCCGCGCUGCGCACGCUGCGGGUCAACGUGCUAGGCCCGCUCAUGCUGAUGAAAUGGUUCGGCGACUUCCUGCCUCGGAAGAGCGUUGAGGUAUCUCUGGAUCCUUUAUUCACUUCCGCUUUACCUACUACUUCUGAGUCUGAGUCCGAGGACCGGGGAGGGGAAGAGGGGGGUGGUAAGGGAAAGGCUUCACCGCACGCGACGUUCCUCCUCGCCUCCGCGCGCGUAGGUUCGACCUCCGAUAACCGGCUGGGAGGAUGGUACACGUACCGGGCGUCCAAGUCCGCCGUUAUCAGCCUCGCGCGGACGUACGAUUUGUUUCUGCGUAACCGGUCCGGUGACAAGGCCGUUUCUAUAGCGUACCACCCGGGAACCGUGCGAACGGAUCUGAGCCGAGAGUACUGGGACCGAGUGCGCCCGGAGAAGUUGUUUACGCCCGAGUACGCGGCGGAGAGGAUGGUCGAGAUAGUUCGGACGAGGCGGGUGGCGGAGCAUCGCGGCCGGUGUUGGGAUUGGAGGGGAGAAGAGGUGUUGCCUUGAAAUGAGGAGGAUGCGGGCAAAGGUUAAGGGGAGUCUGAUUUCAAAGUGUGGGCUCGACAUCAUCAGCAGCUUGCAUCUAAAAGGAACUGGGAUGAAAAUCGGCUAUGACAUCGAAAAUCGGAGAAAUAUUCCUAGGAGCUCGCCAUGCAACCGCCCUAAGUUCCAAUAUCCCCAUUCUCAAGCGGUUGACUCUGAACGAGGAAGAACAUUGUCCCUAUAGUGUGCCACGCGAAGCCAGAAAAUAU